AAAUACUAAAACCUUAUUAUCUUUUUUGUUAGUUGAAACUAUUUUAUAAUGUAAAAAAUUAAUCAAAAAAAUAGAUAUAUUCAAAAAUUAAAAUCAGGAGAUCACUAAUCCAAUGUGUCUACUUUUCAACGUUGGUUAAAUAACUUAAAUUAAUCACAACCCCGCUUUAUAAUGAUGAGCUUUUGAGGAUAUCACUAACCAGCUUUUUUCUUUUUUUGCCGUGCCAAAGAGAUAACAGAAAAUACAGAAUUGACUGAAGAGUAGGGAGACAGUUUCGGUGGGUUCAAAGGGUUUGCUUUACUUGCGGAUGAAGAAUCGCGCAUCCUCCCUUUUCUCUCUUUCUAACCCUAUUUUAACCCUUUCUACCCCCUCACACCAUCUCAAAACUUCCACUUUCAUCCUCGACCUUCCUUUUUAGAUUCUGAAUCUUCUUCACCAUCAGAGACUCUGUGUUUCCUUAUUCACAUCCAUUUUAAUUUCACCAUCUCAUUCCCUCGAUCCUUCAAUAUCUCUCUAUCUCAGAAGCAGCGUCUUGAAUGGUAGAAACAACUCCGACUACCAGAGAAUUUAUGCUCUCCCAUUGCACCACCGCAAGGGCGAGCUUUCUCCUCCCUCCUCUCUCCUCCUCCUUCACUUUUGGCUCUUGCAAGGACUCCUGGUACUUCCGUUGCAUCGGCGUCGACCCUUGAAGCAACUCAAACUCCCAUCAAAAGUUUUGUUUUAUUUUUAUUUUUUUGACGUUUAUGGUUAAAGAUGUUGCUGUACAACAAUAACAACAACAACAAGCAGAAGAAAACACACAAGUCCAAGAUUAACAGGUUCCUUGUUAGCAUCAGUUUCUUAGGAAGUGCUGGACCCAUUCGUUUCGUUGUUAAAGAAGAUGAAACUGUUUCAAAUGUUAUUGACUAUGCUCUCAAAUGCUAUGCUCGUGAAGGCAGGCUUCCCCUACUCGGUUCUGACUCUAGCUUUUUCCUUCUCUACUCUCCUUACUAUGCUGUUGAAGCAUUUAAUCCAUGGGGAAAGAUUGGUUCAACCGGAUCAAGGAACUUUGUUCUGUCUAAGAAGUUAGAAGCUCAGAACCUUGGAGGCUCUGUGGACACAUCAACAACAACAAUCAGGAAGACCUCUGGGAAAUGGAAGGCAUGGCUCAACAAGUCUCUAGGCCUUAUGGUUCCUUCUCACUAGAUCAUAAGAUUUCUGCACUUCUCUUUUUGGUUUUCUUGUCAGAGGAAUAAGCAUCACAAACACUUGUGCUUCGGUUUUUUGUUUUAUUUGGCUACACUAAUAAAUGGAAUGGGGUUUGAUAGAAUGAAUAUAUGUUCUUUAACAUGUUCUGAUGUAUUUUGCAACACAAUAACAUGGAUUGAGAUUUGAUAGACUGAA